AAAUCAUGUAUACACAUUGCAUUACAUCUAAAACAAACGAUAAUAUUCGUUUACGCCGUUUCAUAGAACCCCUUUAAAUGGACUCUUAUAGCGAAACGAGGGACUCUUAUGUUGAAGUUCUCCGUGUGUCUGGUUGUGCUGUCUGUGAUUCUCUCCGGUCUGGCAGGCAGCAGAUGCGCACUCAUAAACACAAACAUGUCCGAGGUGCCUGACGGUAAGAAGCUGGUUCGGAGCCCGAGCGGACUCCGCAUGGUUCCCGAGAACGGAGCCUUCAACAGCCCGUUUGCCCUGGACGAGCCGCAGUGGGUUCCGGAUAAAGAGUGCCCGAGAUGCAUGCAGUGUGAUGCCAAGUUUGACUUCAUCACCAGAAAGCAUCACUGUCGGCGCUGCGGCCGGUGUUUCUGUGAUAAGUGCUGCAGUCAGAAAGUGGCUCUUCCCAGGAUGUGUUUCGUGGAUCCGGUGAGACAGUGUAGCGAAUGCAGCCUCAUCUCGCAGAAAGAGGUGGAGUUUUACGACAAACAGCUUAAAGUGCUCACUGCCGGUGGAACGUUCCUGGUCAAAGUGGAUUCCUCUGAGAAAUCAGAGACCACGGUCUGUCGCUUGUCCAAUAAUCAAAGAUAUCUCUUCUUAGAUGGCGACAGUCAUUUCGAGGUGGAGCUGUCUCGCAUUUCCAGCAUGCAGGUGUUGACCGACAGUCCGACCUCAGGAGACGGCAGUAUUGGGAAUGUGCAAAACUACAUAUGUCCAAAACCAAGUAGUAUUUGGGAAUUUGUAAUCAAAUGCCCCUUAAAUCAUCGCUGAUAAAGUACUGUUGGUAAAAAAAUCUAGACAAACACAAAUGGACUGCUCUGUCAGACUAGUCAACCGUCUGAGAGAAGUCUUAUUAGAGGGCCGUUUGCGUGAAUAAGGCAAGCUGCAUUUAUCACAAUGUGAUGACUUAUAAUGGACUCCUGAUGGAUCCAAGAAGCCAUGCUGUAACUUCCUGUGGUACUGAUCAAUAGACUUCUACUGCCAUUUUGUUGCACAAGAAUAUGAGGAUUCAGCAUGAAUCUGAUAGAUGUAAUAUGUGUAUUAUUUGAAAGCUUGAGGAGGUUUGAUGGUUUAUAUUUCUGAUGUUCUUCUUUCUUGUUUCUGUUUUAACUCAAUUCUGAUGGCUGUUAACGUUCUAGUUUAAUACUGAGCAAACAUGACUCUAUACAGCUGGAAUACUGGCCUCAAGAUGUAUUUGAGCACAUGCUUGAAUAUUUUGUUAUGAAAUGCAAUGACAUUAAAGGCUUCACCCCAAAAUAACAAUUCUGUCAUUUACUCACCCUCGAGUUGUUCAAGAUCUGUAUAAAUGUCUUUGUUUAGAUGAACACAUAGAUAUGUAUUUGGACGAAGGCUUGUAAGCAAACAGUUCUUGCACUGCAAAAGAAAUCCAGUAAAAAAAGGAUAAAGUACUGGCAUACAAUGACCAGUAUAUUUCCCUUUAUUUUACAGACAUUUCCGUUAAUGCUAAAAUGUAAUUUAAUGCAGGGCAAAAUUUUAAAUACAGGGAAAAUAAAUAUGGAAAAUUCCUUCAUAUUAAUAUUGUAUAUUGUGCCCUAUUUUUACAGAUUUUUUUAGUCUAGUCACUAUUGACAAGCAUUGUAGGAAAAACAACAAGGGUAGUCAAAAGUGCCCCAGAACUGUUUGUGUUCAACAAAAAUAAAUCAUUAAGUCAUUUUUCCUACUAUUCAAUGGUGGCCAAGAACUGUUUGGCAUUCUUCCCAAUAUUUUCUUCUGUGUUCAUCAGAACAAAGAUAUUUAUACAGAUUUGGAACAACUGAAGGUGAGUAAAUCAUGACAGAAUCUUCAUUGUCGGUGGUGAACUGUUCCUAAAUGUUUUUGAAGCCACUCUGUUCAUCCAUUUAUGAAUACAUACACCUUAACUUUAAAUGAACACUUAUCUGUCUGUCUUAUUUUUAUCUUCUCUAUUCUUACUCUUUUCUUGUGC